AAAAUUUUCUUUUAAUUUUGUGAGAUUUUUAUUACGAUUCUUAAUUGAAUUGAUUGUUCUCGACGAUAAAUUAUUUUAAUAGAGUUGAAUUUACUUCUUGUUUGUUUGUUUCCAUCGGUUGAGUUCUUCUUUUUUGUUCUUUGGAUAAAAAUAUUCUGAUUUUAAGCUUACCUAUUGUUGUUGUUUCUCACUUCAAUAAUAAACUGUUUCUGUGAAUCUAAUUUUUUGGUUUAUAGUUAUUUUUACAGAUUAAUCAUGGAAAUUGAUGAUGAACGUGGUGAAAAAGUGAAUCCAAUUGAGGGACAACAUGAAUUUAAAGCUCCCACCGCAGUUGAAGGGAAAAAUGAUUCGAUUUGUUUGGAUAAAAGUUUACCUGUCAUUCCUGAUGCAUUAACAAGUGAUCCUGUACCUGAGGGAGUUUUUUAUAUCGAAGUGAUAAAAAAUGGUUCUGUCAUUCUUAGGAAAGAAAUUGAUAAGCCAAAACUUAUCUUUGGUCGUUCUCGAGAUGCCGAUUUUCCAAUGGAUCAUUCAUCUUUAAGCCGUUUUCAUGCUUGUCUCCUUUGGAAUCCCAAAGACAGGCCUCAUGGAUCAUUUUUCCUUAUCGAUCUAAAUUCUGCUCAUGGUACAAUGGUGAAUAAGGCCAAAAUUCCCGCUAAUAGACCAAUCAAAGUGAAAACCGGUAAUGACAUAAUAAAAUUUGGUGCGAGUUCCCGUUUAUUUGUUUUGGGUACAACUCUUACUCCAAGUGAGGAGGAUGAAAGGGAAACACUGGAAAUGGAAGAGGCAGUUCAUAAGAAAGAAGCUCAAGAAAAGGAAGAUCAAGGCUGUUCAUGGGGAUUUCAAGAUGAUGAAGAUGAUGAAAAUGAUGAACGAGGUGAAGGUGAUCAAGCAACUCCACUUGGAAAGGUUUUAUAUUUACUUCAAACUGGCGGUGGUUCGGCAACAGGAUCUACACCAAAUGAACACGCUUACAGUGAGAAUCCACAGAAAUCAAUUGAACAAUGGUUCGACUCUGAGGGUUAUGAUUUCGAAUAUAAAGUCGAUUUUAACAAUGGAAUGUUCAAAUGUACCAUACAAUUACCUUUCGAUGGUCAAGAUGUACCAAUUGAUGGCGAACCAACACCAAAGAAAAAAGAUGCUUUGAUUAAUGUUUGCCUUCGUGCUUGUCAAGUUCUGGACAGAGCUGAACUUUUAUUCCCUUGGCAGAGGCAGAAAGAUCUCAAGCGAAAGAAAAAAGAUAGUUCGGAUUCUGAAGAUGAAGUAAUGGACGAAACUGAUCAAUAUAAAAACAAGAAGGCGAAAAAAUUAGCAGCCAAAAGUGGAAUUCAAGAGAUACUUAAUUUCGACAAGUUAAACGAACGAUGGAAAGAGAUAAGUCAAGAAUUACAAAAGUUAAAAGUAAAAGCGGCCACGUUAACUAUUGCGACGAAAAGUCAAAGUAUCAGGAAAUCAACGGAGAAUGAAAAAAACGAGGAGGAUAAAAAGCCCGAAGGCGAUGAGGAAAAUGUCGACGCUCUGGAUGCAUUUAUGGAAGAUAUCAAUAGCAGCGACGAAAAGCCAAUGAAAACAUCUCUUAAUGUCAAAAUAGAACAAUCUAAACUUCGAAUGACCAUCGCUGAUUUAGAAAAGGAACAGGCAAAAGUCGAACGACUAAUUAAAAUCGCCAAGCCAAGUUUCACACUUCCAGCUCUAGAAUCAGUUUAUUCAACCCAAUCAUCGGUACAAAAUGAUUCAUCUUCAAGCAGCACAAUCACCUCAUCAAAUUCUAGUGUCAAACAAUCAAUUGUGACUGAUAAACCAUCUAAUACAAUUAAGAUUAACUUAAACGUUAAACCUAAACAAUCAUCUAUAAGUGGUGAUAAUCAACCAAUCAAACCAGAACCAGGAAAAAUCGCAAUUUCAUUAACCAAGAAGAGUUUAAUUCAAAAACCUGCAUCAGCAUUCACUGAAUCAGAGGAAACUGUCAAAGCAAAAGUUUUAAAUUUACCUUCAUCAUCUUCAUCAUCUUUAUCACCCCUACCGAAACCAUCGACAUCACAAUCAGCAUCCUCAUCCGAAGGUGAUGAAAAAUUUGGACUAAUUAUCAAGAAAACGGAUAAAUCAAAAUCAGAUAAACUUAAAGCAGCAAUUAAAGAAAAGUCUAAUUACUUUGAUCAAGAAGCUUAUGUUGACUGGUUACCACCAAAAGGACAAACUGGAGACGGAAGAACAGCUCUAAACGAUAAAUAUGGAUAUUAAUCCAAUGGAAUCACUUUAAUCAUCAAAAAUUAACUUGUAAAUACUAAAUUGCGAACAAUUUGUUUAUUGUAAUCAGAAUCUACAAUGAAAUCCAUUUCAGAAAGUACAAA